AUGCGGCCUCACAUCGACGCUCUGUCUCUCAACACAUCAGUUCACCUGACCCCUCAAUCAUCACUCUUAGUCCUCCCUUUACACCCAAUCCUCGAUCCAGGAUCAGAAAGCAACCUCGACGGCCCAAAUGACCCACGUCGUCAGCCAACACACACACACACACACACACCCCCAUCCAUCCCUACCAAAAAAAUGCCCCCCCCCCCCACCCCCCCCCCCGCCCCCGCACUCGACCCCCCCACCUUCGCCACCGCCCAACUCUCCCUCCUCGCCGCCGAACUCGCCGCCGAAUCCGCCCGCACCCUCCCCCUCCUCGCCGCGCACGCCCCCAAACGGCUCGCCGCGGCCGGCCUCGCCCUCACGAACCUGGUGCUCGCGGGCCGGCGCACGGGGCCGGGGGGCCGGACGGUGCUGGUGCUCGAGGUCGACGGGGCGGUCGGUGGGGGGGGAGGGGAUGGGGUGGGGGGGGUCAAGUUGGCUAAUGAGGUUACUUAUAAGAGGAUGAAUUGGACGAUGGAGAGACUGAAGAAGAUGGAGGAGGGUGAAUACACGACGCUGACGAGGGUGUUGUUCGGGUUGGAUGCACCGACGCCGGUGUCUCCGGACGAGGCGAAGGUUGAGUUCCUCGAUCAGACGCUCAAUGACAGCCAGAGGGAUGCUGUCGGGUUCGCGCUGGCGUCGAGAGAGGUGGCGCUCAUCCAUGGUCCCCCUGGCACAGGCAAAACCUACACCCUCAUCGAACUCAUCCUCCAACUCGUCCGACGCGGACUUCGCAUCCUGGUCUGUGGCCCGUCGAACAUCUCGGUGGACAACAUCGUCGAGCGUCUCGCCCCGCACAAGCUUCCAAUCAUUCGGCUCGGCCAUCCGGCUCGUCUGCUUCCAUCCGUGCUGAACCACUCCCUUGACGUUUUGACGCAGACGUCGGAAGCAGCUGGUAUAGUCAAGGAUGUGAGGAAGGAGAUGGAUGCGAAGCAGGCCAGUAUCAAGAAGACACGAAGCGGUCGGGAAAGGAAGGCCAUCUACGACGACAUGAAAGUUUUACGGAAGGAGUAUCGUGAGCGGGAAAAGCAGUGUGUGACUACCCUCGUCAGCGGCAGCAAAGUCGUUCUCGCAACCCUCCACGGCGCAGGCGGUUUCCAGCUGCGAAACGAGCAGUUCGACGUCGUCAUCAUCGACGAAGCAAGCCAAGCGCUCGAAGCACAGUCCUGGAUUCCUCUCCUCACAGCCAAAAAGGUCGUCCUCGCAGGCGAUCACCUGCAAUUACCGCCCACCAUCAAAUCCCUGGACCACAGUCUCCACCCCAAGCCACCAAAAGACAAUGAUAAAGAUCAAACCAAAGGUGGCGGCGGUUCACUCGAGGUAACCCUCUUCGACCGCCUCCUCACCCUCCACGGCCCCGGCAUAAAACGCAUGCUGACGACUCAAUAUCGCAUGCACGAGAAAAUCAUGCGCUUCCCGUCGGACGAAAUGUACGAUUCCCAACUCCUGGCCGCGCCGGCCGUGGCCACUCGCCUCCUGACCACCCUACCCUACGAAGUCCAAGACACGGACGACACGACCGAACCGCUCGUCUUCUACGACACCCAAGGCGGCGAUUUCCCCGAAGCCAUCUCCCCUUCUCCUCCUCCUCCCGCCGACGACGGCAGGAACCCCCGCAAGGCCUCCCUCCUCCCCAACGACAGCAAGUCCAACCCCUCGGAAGCCCUCCUCGUCCGGCGCCACGUCGGCAGGCUCGUCGACGCCGGCGUCAGGGCCGAGGACGUCGCCGUCGUGACGCCGUACAACGCGCAGCUCGCCCACCUGUCGCGGGACCUGGGCCUGACGGAGCGGUUCCCCGGGCUGGAACUGGGCAGCGUGGACGGGUUCCAGGGCCGGGAGAAGGAGGCCGUCGUGGUGAGUUUGGUGCGGAGUAACCCGGCGGGGGAGGUGGGGUUUUUGGGCGAGCGGAGGAGGUUGAACGUGGCGAUGACGAGGCCGAAGAGGCACCUUUGCGUCGUGGGCGACGGCGAGACGGUGGGCAAGGGGAGCGGGUUCCUGGCGCGGUGGAUGGGCCAUUUGGAGGCCGAGGCCGAUCUGCGAUAUCCCGAUCUGGCCGAUUUGCAGGCCUUGUGA